CGGCGGGAGCCGCAUCUGCACACCCGCGGCAGCCGGCAGCAGCGGGGCGUUUGCGCCUGCCGAGAGCCAUCGCCCGACGGCUGGGCGGAAUGAAAGCGAAGCCCCGCACCGAGGGUGAGAACUGCUGAAGGGAGUGCUGUCCCGCCAGGCGCAGGGCAGCGGGUCUCUGAGCACAGGCAAAGUGCGCUUUGAUCGAGGAAGGCUGCGGAGUCCCUUCUGGGCCGCGAAUUGGUCUCACUGACAGUGGAUAACAUCUCCAGAGAUUCUUUUCUGUUAGCAAUGGAGAAAUAUGAAAAGAUCAGUAAGAUUGGGGAAGGCUCCUAUGGAGUUGUUUUCAAGUGCCGGAACAAGGACACGGGGCAGAUCGUUGCUAUCAAAAAGUUCCUGGAAUCUGAGGAUGAUCCUGUUAUUAAAAAAAUUGCACUUCGAGAGAUUCGGAUGCUAAAGCAACUGAAGCAUCCCAAUUUGGUCAAUCUUCUGGAGGUCUUCCGGAGGAAACGAAAGCUUCACUUGGUCUUUGAAUAUUGUGACCACACCGUCCUUCAUGAACUGGACAAGAAUCCACGUGGGGUCCCAGAACAUCUUGUGAAAAGCAUAACUUGGCAGACUCUCCAAGCAGUGAAUUUUUGUCACAAACACAAUUGCAUACACAGAGAUGUAAAACCGGAGAACAUCCUUAUAACGAAGCAUUUUGUCAUUAAGCUCUGUGAUUUUGGAUUUGCUCGCAUCUUAACUGGGCCCAGUGACUAUUAUACAGAUUAUGUGGCUACCAGGUGGUAUCGUUCUCCUGAGCUCCUUGUGGGUGAUACCCAGUAUGGCCCUCCUGUGGAUGUCUGGGCUAUUGGCUGCGUUUUUGCUGAACUGAUUUCAGGCAUCCCUCUCUGGCCUGGAAAAUCUGAUGUGGAUCAACUUUACUUAAUCAGGAGGACGUUAGGUGACCUCAUCCCCAGGCAUCAGCAAGUCUUCAGCACAAACCAGUUCUUCAGUGGGGUGAGGAUACCCGAUCCAGAAAGCAUGGAGCCACUAGAAAUGAAAUUCCCCACUAUUUCUUAUGCUGCUCUAGCACUAAUGAAGGGCUGUCUCCAUAUGGAUCCUACUGAAAGGCUGACCUGUGAACAACUCCUUCAGCAUCCUUAUUUUGACAGCAUCCGAGAGGUAGAACUUGGGAGGGAACGUGAAAGAUCCAUUACACGGAAACCAAAUCGGCCAUCGCGAAGGCAUGUGCCUGGGCUACAGUAUCUGCCCCAAUUAACCAGCAGCAACAUUUUACCUGCUUUGGAUAACAAGAAGUACUACUGUGGAACAAGAAAACUUAACUACCGUUUCCCAAACAUCUAAAAAAGGAGAUCAUAGGCUAUCAUGUGUCUUCUUGCAUUCCUAGCCAUGAAGAGACCUUGGAAAGACAAUCACGGUAUCUAUACCAGCAUAAGUAAAGCAAACUGUGGUUCUUACUGAAAAGUGACAAACCUUGGAAAGGAAAUAUCUGCACGCAUCUGCGUGCGCACACACACAAAAGAAUAGAUCAACAAAAGUUUUGAAAUAAUUUAUCAUUCAACAGAAAAUGCUUCUAUUUGGGCCUUUGAAAAAGUGUGACUGUAUCUCUACUUAUCAAGCACUUGUAAUUUAUACUUCGUGGGACAAGAAUUCUUGUCUCUGCUGCCGCUGGAAUUGGUGGAGGGGAUCCAUACAUGCCAAAUAUAUUUCAUUCACAAAAUCCCACUGUGUCAAAGCAAGAGAGAACCCUUGUUCUUAUACUAGAUAUGUAAUUAGUAACAUUGACAGGCUGAACCUGCAGGUUAUUCGUGCAAGUGGAGAGGUGGCUUUGGAGGUUACAGACGAGAACCAGAAAUGUCUGGGUUCAAAUUUUUUUUUUUGUCGCUGUUUUCACAACAAAAUAAAUAAAAUGUAA